GAAGAUCUCCCAUCUUUAGAAACAAAUGAAAAGGAAAAGCCGUGAAAUGUGUUCAGCUCUUGCGUUUAUCAACAAUUAGCCAUACAGCAAGUGACGAGCGCCAAAAAAGUGAUACAACGUGCCUACCACGCGAAUAAAACUAAAAUAAAACCGUAAAUUGGUGAGAAGAGAGCAGAAGAAGCAGCACCAGCAGCGGCGGAAUAAUCAACAAAAGCGGCAAACAUGGCGACUGAAAUCGACGAGCUAAUUGAGAAACUGAAGACCACCAGCGUCAGUCCUGGAAAUACGACAAACCUGCUCUGCGAGAUCUCGGCCACCAAGGACCCAAAACUAUUCGACAAGCACGAGCUGGCGGAAUGUUUCCUGGGCCUCACCAAGUGCGACGACACAAAUGUGCGCAAGGAGGCCGCCAAGUGCAUUGCGGAGAUCACAAAAUCUGAGAUUCAGCGCAAGAAGUUCACAACGCGUGACAUAAUUGCCGCCUUCCUCGAAUGCUUGCGCCAGGUGCCAACACCGGAAGGCAGUAUGGAGCUGCCCAUCCAGAUCUGCCGGGCCCUAGGGAAUAUAUGCUACCUGAAUGACGAGGCCAGGGAUCUAAUACUCGAGUUGGAGGGCGAUGCUGUGCUGCUGCGACUGCUCGACAUAGCCAGCAUCGAGGACGUGGCCAAUGCGGCGCAGUUCAUCAAGGUGCGCGGUGGUCUGCUGUCCAACUAUCUGCUCGGUGGCGAGGGCUUGGCCAAGCGGGCCAUGGAGCUGGGCGUAAUGAAGAAGCUGCAGGCCAUCAUCGAUACGGGAGCUGCCAAUGUGGAGCAGCACGAGGACCUGCUGCUCAACACUCUGCCCCUGCUCAGCAUCCUAACCGAAAACGUGGCCGAUCUGAACUUUGACUCGUCGCUGAAUAUCCAACUGUCGCGUAUUCUGGCCGCCUCCACCAACCCAGAUCUGGCCGAGAUGUGCCUAGAACUGCUGCACUACCAGGCGGAGAGCGACGAGGUCAAGCUGCUGCUGGCCAAGGACGGUCUCUGCGAGACCAUCUACAACCUGCUGGAGAAGUACAAAACUCUGGCUAGCACUAGCGAGGCCAGGGCACUGAUGAAACUCGCCUGCGAACUGAUCGUGCUGAUUCUCACAGGCGAUGAAUCAAUGCAUUAUCUAUACACCACACCGCUGCUUAAGAACAUGGUCGACUGGCUGGACUCGUCGGACAUUGAUCUACUGACCACCGGCGUGCUGGCAUUGGGAAACUUUGCACGCACCGACAGCCACUGCAUCUACUUUGUGGAGCAGCAGACCAUGAACAAGCUGUUCGAGGUGCUGGCCAAGAACAAUGGCGUCAAAGACGAUGUGCGUCUGCAGCAUGCGCUUCUCUCCGCGCUGCGCAACCUGGUCAUACCCAAGCCGAACAAGAAUGCGGUAAUCCAGGCGGGCCUGGUACAGACUAUCCUGCCCAUGCUGGAAAUCCACCAGCCGCCCGUCGUCUUCAAGCUGUUGGGCACGCUGCGGAUGACGGUCGACGGCCAAGAAAAACUUGCACUGGAGCUGCUGAAGAACAAGACCCUGAUCGUGCAGCUGGUGCACUGGAGCAAAUCGUCCGACUAUGCGGGCGUCACCGGGGAGUCGCUGCGCCUCAUGGCCUGGCUUAUUAAGCACGCCUACCUGAGCAAAAUAGCCUAUGCCCUGCCGCGCAAGGGCGAUGCCCCCGCCGAGCAGAUUGCCGACAGGAUUCCCCUCACCCAGGACUACGAUCGCAGCAGCUUGAGUGAGUUCCUGGCCAACGAGGGCACCGUGGAGGCCAUGGUCAGCAUGCUCACCGCCCAGCAUCUGGUGAUGCAGAAUGAGGCGCUGAUUGCCCUGUGCAUCCUGGCUGUGGUCUACCUGUCGCAGGCAGCGAGCGAGGCAGCUCAGGCCCAGCGUCUGCAGGAGGAGCUGAUCAAGUGCGAGGUGGGAAAGAAGCUGGCCGAGCUCAUUAGCAAGUCCUCGGACAGCAUGACCAAGGAGAUUGUGGAGAACCUGCAGAACUGCGUCAACCUCUUGAAGUCUUCCGAGCAGCUGUUGGCGCAUCUGGAGGAACACAACAUCAAUGAGCUGUUGAAAUCUAUACCAAUUCUCACCGAAUAUUGCACCUUGUAAGGGGCGUGAGGGGGGGGCGUGGUAUUGCAUUUAUAACCCGCAGGAUGCCUCACUGUAGGAUGGAUGAUGGGUGGAUUUAAGGAAAAUGCUAGAAAGGAAAGCAGCUGUAGGAGUUCGCCUUCUCUUUCUUUCUUCCAAUAUUCUCUGGAGAAAAUAGUAUAUUAGCAUUUCCCAAAGGCUGUUUUAACCCAGCUACCCUUUGGUCAAAGACCUUACAAUAGCAAGAUGCAUAACGGCGAUGCAUUUUCAUAUCUAAGCAAUUUAUUUCAAAGUAUCGCAUUUGAGCCUUUCGCUAGCACAAAUCAAGCAAGUGAAUGCUUAGGUAUGUAUGCUUACCAAAAGGCGGCUAGCUCGUUACUCAUCUUGUUAUUAUAAGGACCUUUAGCCUAAGUUGUUCCAUGAAAUCAACCCACACGCACACUUAAAAAUCGUAAAGGUUUGGAGUAAGGCAAGAGAUUGUAUUAGUAUUCACCUUAGAGCAACGAUUCAGAUGUAGACUUGGCUGUAGUUUCCGGAAGAGAAAAACAGGAGCACUGGAGCGAACACGAGAGGAAGAGCGAAAUGUAUUUUUUAGACGCAAGCGUAUUUUGACUGCAUUUAUGAGUCCGAAUCCGAUAGAGAACGGAGUCGUAUAAAUAUUUAAAAUAUACAUAACAUACGUAUAAAAAUAACAAUAUUUGAUAAUUUAGCAUAUAAAUCUUUUCUGUUACAUGAUUUUUAAGAGCACAAUAACAACAAAUCGAGGUGAUAUCGCUAAAUAUGUAUAUUUAAUAAAUGUAUUUUAUGUAUUGUA